UGUAGAGCGUUUCUGCAAGGUGGAGGUGACAGUAUAACGAAGCUGAAUCUAUAUCUGUUAAACCCUAACAUAGAUUAAUUCGCCUUCAAUAUGUUCAGGAGAUUAACAUUUACGUUGAUCCUGAGUUCCAUUGCGAUUCUGUGCAGUGGAUUCUCGCCGGAGAGUCCCACCAGCCGGCGAGUUCUGGUUUUGCUCGACGAUUUCUCUAUCAAAUCGUCUCACUCUCUCUACUUCAAGGCGCUAGAAAAUCGAGGAUUCAACCUCGAAUUCAGACUCGCCGAUGAUCCAAAGAUCGCUCUGCAGAGACACGGCCAGUAUUUAUAUGACGCUCUGAUUCUCUUCUCCCCUUCCAUUGAUCGAUUUGGAGGGUCUGUUGAUGCAGCAUCAAUACUGGAUUUUGUUGAUUCUGGUCACGAUUUGAUACUGGCUGCUGAUGCUUCUGCCUCUGAUCUUAUUCGUGAAAUCGUUACGGAAUGUGGAGUUGAUUUUGAUGAGGACCCUGCCGCUUUGGUUAUUGAUCACAUGAGCUAUGCAGUUUCUGAUACAGAAGGGGACCAUACAUUAAUUGUGGCAACUGAUUUCAUUCAAUCUGAGGUGAUCCUAGGAAGCAAGGCAAUUGAGGCACCAAUACUUUUUCAGGGGAUUGGUCAUUCUGUAAAUCCUGCAAAUAACUUGGUUUUAAAGGUUCUAUCAGCAUCAUCAGCAGCAUAUUCAGCCAACCCAAAGUCCAAGUUGUCAAACCCACCUGCACUCACUGGUUCUGCAAUCUCUCUUGUUUCAGUUAUCCAGGCUAGAAAUAAUGCUCGAGUUCUAAUAGCUGGCUCUUUAAGCAUGUUUAGCAACCGAUUCUUUAGAUCUGGGGUGCAGAAAGCUGGAAGCCCAACUAAGCAUGAUAAAUCUGGGAAUGAACAGUUUCUGACUGAAAUUAGCAAAUGGGUCUUCCAUGAAAGAGGUCAUCUCAAGGCUAUGAAUGUUACACAUCAUAAAGUUGGGGAGGUGGAUGAACCUUCCAUAUACAGGAUCACUGAUGACCUGGAAUACUCUGUUGAGAUUUAUGAGUGGUCUGGAACAAGCUGGGUACCAUACGUAGCAGAUGAUGUCCAAUUACAGUUUUACAUGAUGAGUCCCUAUGUUUUGAAAACUUUGUCAACUAAUCAACAGGGCGUCUAUCAUACUUCUUUCAAAGUCCCAGAUGUUUAUGGAGUAUUCCAGUUUAAGGUUGAAUAUCAAAGAUUAGGAUACACAAGCUUGAGCCUAUCAAAGCAGAUUCCAGUCAGACCCUUCAAACACAAUGAGUACGAGCGAUUCAUAACAGCUGCUUUUCCCUAUUAUGGAGCAUCCUUUUCCAUGAUGGUAGGUUUCUUUAUUUUUUCUCUGGCAUUCCUUUAUAACAAAUAGCCUCCAGACCCGCCCGAGGGAAUACUCCAUUCAGGAAUGAAGAGAUGAUUUUGCUUGCUGCUGAGGUAUAAUCACCAGGAUUUAUAACAGAGAGUAAGAAUGUGUGGAGAGAAAAAUAAUGUAGUUUAGUUUGAUGUGAAAAGGGUAGGAGUGAAGCUUAUUUUUCUAGGUACUGUGAUCUUACAAAUUGAGGCGUCUAGACAGCUUUGGGCUAAUUAAUACAAUUAUCAGUUCGGAUC